CCGGACCUAACUGACGUCGCGAGCAGCUUCUCGACACAUCAAGCGUAGUGUCUCAAAAAGGAAGAAUUCUUAUCGUUACGAUACGGCGCCGUUUCCGUCAGUUCAGCUGAGUAAGGUUUACACGUUACUUUCGUGAUCGCACACCGGGUUGUUCCUAAACUCUCAUCACUGUCUUUUUCCCCCUCGGCGUUUUCCCUCCGCCGUCCGUCCAACGCACACACCCAGAGAGAGAGAGAGAGAGAGAGAGAGAGAGAUGAAACGCGGAAGUUAUUGGCUAGGGUUUAUAUUGGGGUUCCUGUACAUUCUGGAUUCAAUCACACAGGCGAGUGCUUCGAUUCACGAGUAUCGUAAGGAAGCCUUCAUCCCACAGUCCAAUGCCUUCUUCUUCCACGGAGGUAGCGAGGGCCUCUACGCUUCCAAGUCCCUCGAUUCAUCCCCCGCUGCCCCGGACGAUAAUCCCUCCAAGGGCAAAUCUUCCAUUAGAUUUGAAAAUGUCCUCUUCGUGAGAACGAAAGAGUCAAGCGAUAAACUGAAUGAGAUGCAGAGUAAGACUGGAUUGGUUGAAGCUAUUAUACUUGAGGUAAAAGACAGGGAAAAGAUUGGAGGUGCUUUUAUAAAGUCUGAUGUAAUAUGUUGCACCCCAGAACUUUCCCGUGAUGGAUCCUGCAAGGUAGGGGAGGUUAUUAUUCAAAACGUAGACAACCCCGAGGGGCCUAAACGCAUUCAAACCUUCUUUGAAGGAAAUAAUCCAGAAGCUAAGAUGAUGGCUCAAUCUGUUGAAAUAAAUAGUACUGGAAUGUACUAUCUUUAUUUCAUGUAUUGCGAUCCACAGCUCAAGGGCACAACCAUUAGCGGUAGGACUGUGUGGAGGAACCCAGAAGGUUAUUUACCGGGGAAGAUGGUCCCUUUGAUGACUUUCUAUGGAGUCGUGUCUUUAGCUUAUCUUGCACUUGGUCUAGUGUGGUUUUUGCGGUUUGUACAAUUCUGGAAGGACAUUAUACAGCUGCACUACCACAUUACGGCAGUCAUUGCUCUUGGAAUGUGUGAAACAGCUCUCUGGUAUUUUGAGUAUGCAAAUUUAAAUGCUACGGGAAGCAGACCGAUGGGAAUCACGCUGUGGGCAGUAACCAUUAGUGCUGUUAAGAAGACUUUGUCUCGCUUACUUCUGUUGGUGGUUUCAAUGGGCUAUGGUGUAGUGAAGCCUACCCUUGGUGGUGUAACCUCAAGAGUACUUCUUCUCGGUCUCAUUUAUUUUAUUGCCUCUGAGGCUCUUGAGCUUGUGGAACAUUUGGGGAACAUCAAUGAUUUCUCGGGAAAAGCUAAGAUAUACUUGGUGCUUCCUGUUGCUUUCUUGGAUGCUUGGUUUAUUUUGUGGAUUUUUUCCUCAUUAUCCAAAACAUUGGAGAAACUUCAGAUGCGGAGAAGCAUGGCCAAACUUGAGCUAUAUCGGAAGUUUACGAACUCCCUUGCUGUAUUUGUGCUGCUUUCUAUUGCUUGGAUAGGCUACGAGUUGUACUUCAAUGCAAGUGAUCCAUUAAGUGAGCUGUGGCAAAUUUCCUGGGUAAUUCCAGCUUUUUGGACUCUUCUAGCAUUCUUCCUCUUAGUGGUGAUAUGUGUACUUUGGGCUCCUUCAAGUAACCCCACCAGGUAUGCAUAUCCAGGAGAAGCAGGGGAAGACUUUGAUGAGGAGGCCAUCUCACUUGCAAGUGGAGUGAAGGUAACUGGUGCAACAGAUCCUGUAACUGGGCUCAGGGAAGGUCUGGAGGAGGAUAAGCGAGAAUAACUGUUUAGCCUGUGCCUCUGGAAAGGUGAAUUGCCUCAUUGAAGCUGUGCUUGCUUGUAUAGCAAUCUGCCUUUCGUCGUGGUUAUACAUUCUGUGUCGCAUGUGAAAAUGAAAGCGUGGAAGGUUUACUACAAUUAACUCCAAUGAACUUGAUAGUGGAAUCAUACAGCCCAUGUGCAGCUUUCUUUAUUCAAUAUGGUAGAGAGAAAUGAUAGCUAUGUUUGAACUCGUGUAUCUAUUCGGGAUUAGCAUAUAAAAGUGGAAUGAAGCUUACUUCUUGCUUUA